AUGUCGGAAUUUGAGAAUGCUAACGACUCUCCUUCAACUUGUUCCUCAUCAUCAAACUCUAAAAAAAAGAAAAAAUCCAACAAUAAUUCAACGCCAUCCUGUGUCCAAUGCAAAAGAAAUCACAAAAAGUGCGACAAGUUGGAGCCUAAAUGUUCCUAUUGUGUUUCCAGAAAUUUAGAAUGUGUGUAUGAAGAACCUAAAAAAAGAGGAAGAGCUUCGGAAUUAUAUCAAGAAAAUCUCAAAAAGAAAAAAGAAGGUGAUGGAACUUUUGUUGAUGAAUAUUUUGAUUUUAUAUGUGUAGGACAUCCAGUUAUUAAACGUGGCGUUUUAGAACAUUUUCUGAAUAAUUAUCUGGGAAAGAUAGAGAACAUUUCAAAGAGGAAGAUUUCAUUGGAGGAAAAUGAGUUUAUUUCAAAUUUGGAAGAUGUAAAUUGUAUUUAUGCAUUUUACUUGUCGAUAAAGGCUAUUCAUCAUCAAUUGAGAGCUGAAUUGGAUUUGGCUGAUCAGUAUGCAAAGAAUGCUGAAGUGGAAAUUGGGAAAUUGUUUGUGGAUCAUUCCCAGAAUUAUUACUUGUAUUGUGCAUGUCAGCAAUUGUCUGCAUUUUAUAACGGAAAGGGAGAUAUUCUAAAGAGAAAGAUUUACUUGUCAAUGGUUGAAAAUUUUGUGAGUGAAUGCUUGAAAGAUACAACUGAUAUUAUAUGUAAGAAUUUAGAGAGGAGAACUGUCUUUUUGUCCAAGUCAAUGGAUGAAUUGAUUAGUGCAUUACCUGAGUUUAUUGAACACAUGCCAAGGAUUGUGGAAUUGUCUGUAGAUCAGAAAUUGGAUAAUUUAUUAACAACUGGAACAUUAGAUUAUAUGAAAACAGCAAAAGUCACAUCUGAAAAUUGUAUGCUAUUCAAACAAGUAAUUGAUUUUGUAUUCAAAGUUGUCGUUUCACUCAAAUCAGAACAUUUUAAACUAUUUAAUGAUUGUAGAACUGAAAGGUUUACAGAAUUUAUGCAAUUACACAUUAUUUUCACUUACAAUUCUACAAGCUUAUCCUUCUACAGAAAUAUUCCAGAAUUGAGGAGUCUAGUCGAGGAAAUGGCUCUCAAAAUUACACUGUCCACUGAACAUGAACUUUUCAAUGAAAUUCACAUUGAAAUUUGUAAAUUAAUUGAAUCUGGGUUGAGACAAAACAAUCUUCCACUCAUAACCAAUGGUAAAUCAUUAUAUGUCGAUUAUUUUCAAGUUUUGGAAAAGGAUUUGCGUGCUCUUCAAUCACUCUCUCAGAAAUAUUUGAGAAUCAAAAACAAAUGCUCUAAUAUUGUAAGAGAAAUGGAAGAAAUAUUGGAAAGACAAAAGAAUCCACUCAUUAUCACAAUGCCAAAUUACAAUUCCAUACUGCCUCCUCAAGGAGUUUCGAAUGGUGCUAUUCCUCUUCAACAAAGAGAUGAAAGGUUACAAUCGGUACUGAGAUACCUUCAAGAAAUUUCACAAACUGUUUCAGAAAACAUUCCUACUUUUAAACCUUCAGAAAGUUUGGGAGAUUUGGAGCGGGAAUUCUUUGAAUUUAUUUAA